ACUGUUGGUGGGCUGCUGCAGUACACAAGCAGGUCCUGCAGGGGUCGUGAAGAUAAGCACGGCAUGAUACCGUGAAAAAUCCGAGAGAGAGGAAAAGGCCGAACGCCGGGGAAACAAUUCAACGGGCUGUGUUUUAUUUUCGGUAUAUAAACAAACAAAGCAACAAUAGGUCUAUUAAUCAAUUUAGCAGCGUCGAUCGACUCGGAAGAUGUCAGGUAUCCAGUGUUCACAGAUCGAGGCUGAACUGUAUUACCUCAUUGCGAGAUUUCUACAGUCCGGUCCCUGCAAAAAAACAGCACAGGUCUUGGUUGAAGAGCUCGAUGAAUACGAGCUUAUUCCAAAACGUUUGGAUUGGGAAGGCAAAGAAUAUAAGCGUACCUUUGAAGAAUGGGUAACGGCAAACAGGCACAUCCCAGCAGAUUAUUUGUUAAGAAUAUGUCAAAGAAUUGGACCCCUUCUUGAUAAAGAGGUACCUCCCAGCGUUCCUGGAGUGCAGACUCUUCUGGGUGUUGGACGGCAAUCCUUAUUGAGAACGGAAAAAGACUGUAGGCACACAGUAUGGAGUGGUUCUGCCUUUGCAGCUUUGCACAGGGGAAGACCCCCAGAACCUCCAUUACUCUAUGGGAGACUGCCAAACAUUGUUUCCAUUGCUGGGGCCCGACAAACCAUUGGGUUUGCUCGUUUCAACCAUGUGGUUCCUUCCUCCACUUAUCAGCAUGUGAAAAUGCAUCGGAGAAUUCUGGGACACUUGUCUUCCGUUUACUGUGUGGCCUUUGAUCGGACAGGUCGAAGAAUUUUUACGGGAUCAGAUGACUGUUUGGUGAAAAUAUGGGCAACGGAUGAUGGUCGACUUCUCUCGACUCUCCGGGGUCACUCUGCUGAGAUUUCUGAUAUGGCUGUUAACCAUGAGAACACAAUGAUUGCAUCUGCCUGCUGUGAUAAGAUUGUCAGAGUUUGGUGCCUUCGGACCUGUGCACCAGUUGCUGUUCUGCAGGCUCAUACAGCUUCUAUCACUUCAAUUCAGUUUUCUCCAGCAGCAAAAGGACCUACUCGAUACCUCAUAUCUACAGGGGCAGAUGGCACGGUUUGCUUUUGGCAAUGGCAGUCCAACAGUGUGAAAUUUAAUGAUCGUCCAAUAAAAUUUAUGGAGAGAUCCAGGCCUGGUGUCCAAAUCUCUUGUUCUUCUUUCAGUUCUGGUGGAAUGUUUCUUGUGACAGGUAGCACCGAUCAUGUAAUUAGGGUUUAUUAUCUAGGACUGGAAUCCCCUGAGAAAGUUGCAGAUCUUGAGUCCCAUACGGACAAAGUUGUUGCUGUCCAGUUCUGUAAUAAUAGUGACAACCUCCGGUUUGUCAGUGGGAGUCGAGAUGGUACUGCACGUAUAUGGCAUUAUCAGAGACAAGAGUGGAAAAGCAUUACUCUUGAUAUGACAACCAAACUGCCAGGAAGCUGUAAUACACCAGGAGAGGACAAGGUAGCAAAGCUGAGUGUGACCAUGGUGGCAUGGGAUCGUGCAGACAGUAGCAUUAUCACUGCUGUUAACAACUACCUGCUGAAAGUGUGGAACUUGUCUGGACAGCUUCUGCAUAUUCUUUCGGGUCAUGAUGAUGAAGUGUAUGUUUUAGAGGCUCAUCCUUUUGACUCAAGGAUAAUGUUGUCUGCAGGCCAUGAUGGGAAUAUCUUUAUCUGGGACUUAACUAAAGGCACUAAAAUACGCAACUAUUUCAAUAUGAUUGAAGGGCAAGGUCAUGGGGCAGUAUUUGACUGCAAAUUCUCUCCUGAUGGGCAGCAUUUUGCUUGUACUGAUUCACAUGGCCAUCUCCUGAUCUUUGGGUUUGGCUGCAGCAAGCUAUAUGAAAAGAUUCCUGAUCAAAUGUUUUUCCAUACUGAUUUUCGUCCACUUAUCCGUGAUUCUAAUAACUAUGUCCUGGAUGAGCAAACGCAGCAAGCUCCUCACCUCAUGCCGCCACCUUUUCUUGUGGAUGUUGAUGGGAAUCCUCAUCCAACACGCUACCAAAGGCUUGUUCCUGGGAGGGAGAACUGUAAAGAUGAACAGCUUAUCCCUCAACUUGGCUAUGUGGCCAAUGGUGAUGGGGAGAUUGUGGAACGUGUGAUUGGGCAAGAAACUGCUGGAGAACCAGAGGAGAGCCCUUUAGAUGGAUUGAUAAGGCAGCUACAAAGAGAACAUGACCAGCAACAACAUGAAGAGGGCAGGCAUAAUGGGUUUGACUCCCAGAAUGACCAUCCUGAAAAUGGUUCAGGUCUUAGCGCAGAGAUGGGAUCUCCACCUAACAUUGGUUUACGACGCAAUGGGCAGAUUGAAGGAGUCCGUCAAAUGCACCAGAAUGCACCUCGAAGUCAGAUGGCCACUGAAAGAGAUCUUAUUGCAUGGAGUCGUCGGGUUGUUGUCAAUGAGCUUCACCCUAAUAUUAGCAGAGUUAUGGAGGAAAACCGAGCAGCAAAGGGAGAAGCUGAAUGUGCACUUUAUACUGUAGAGAGGAGACGAAAGCCAUCUCAGACAAUACAGAAGGAUGAGCAACAGGAUUCUAAUGCACGCUUUCUGAGAAGAAAGCAACGCAGGAGACAACAUGCAUAUCAAACUCGAUCUGCCAUUGACAGUCAUCUUCAGGACAGAUUACAGAAUACGCAUGCCGAAGAAGACUCCGAAAUCUCUGAAGAUGAAUAUGACAGGGAUGAAGUAAGAAAUGCUUCUUCGGAAGAAGGUGAACCAGAGUGGCAAAGUGAUACUAGUUCCAGCAACUCGUCCAGUGAGUAUUCAGAUUGGACUGCUGAUGCUGGAAUAAAUCUGCAACCUCCCAAAAGGCAGACAAGACAGACAAUCAGGAGAAUAAGCAGCAGUUCAGAUGAUGAUGAUCACACCAAAACAGAGAGGAAGUACUCAGAGAAGCGGCGGAGACCCAAACAGACAAGAAGGAAGAAGCCAAAUGAGUCACUGGCUGCAGGCAGGGAAAAUAGUGAAGACUGGUUUCCUCCUCAGUGGAUUAUGGACACUACACCACGCAGAUCUCCUUUUGUGCCACAAAUGGGUGAUGAGGUGAUUUACUUCCGUCAGGGACAUGAAGCUUACGUGAGAGCAGUACGUAAAGCUAAAUCAUACACUAUCAACCCUCAAAAGCAACCAUGGAACAAAAUGAACCUCAGGGAUCAGGAGUUCGUAAAGAUUGUUGGAAUAAAAUAUGAGGUUGGCCCUCCCACUUUAUGCUGCUUGAAACUGGCUUUCCUGGAUCCUAUUUCUGGAAAAAUGAGUGGAGAGUCAUUUUCUUUAAAGUAUCAUGACAUGCCGGAUGUCAUUGACUUUUUAGUUCUUCACCAAUUUUAUAAUGAAGCAAAAGAACAAAACUUGCAACCUGAAGUACGUUUUCGCAGUAUUAUUGAUGAUGCCUGGUGGUUUGGAACUGUGGAGACUCAGCAGCCAUUUCAGCAAGAAUACCCAGAUAGUCUGUUCCAGUGCUACACUGUUCGUUGGGAUAACGGUGAGAGGGAGAAAAUGAGCCCCUGGGACAUGGAACCUAUUGCUGAUGAAGCUUUUCCUGACCAAGUGGGAGAUGGGGUGCCUGUUUCAGAGGACGAGUUGAAAACCUUACUGUAUAUACCUCAAGAAGGAGAGUGGGGAGCACGAACCCGUGAUGAAGAAUGUGAAAGAGUCAUCCAGGGCAUAGAUAACCUUUUGACACUAGAUAUGGCUAAAGCCUUUGCUUCUCCUGUGGAUCUAACGGAUUAUCCCCUUUACUGCACUGUGGUGGCCUAUCCAACAGAUCUCAGCACAAUCAAAAAAAGAUUAGAGAAUCGCUUUUACAGAAGGAUAUCAGCUCUCAUGUGGGAAGUGCGCUACAUUGAGCACAAUGCUCGGACCUUUAAUGAGCCAGAAAGUCCAAUUGUUGCAGCUGCUAAAAUUGUCACAGAUGUGCUUCUCCGAUUCAUUGGAGACCAAAGCUGCACUGAUAUUCUUGAGUUGUGCCGUAAGGUGAAAAAUGAAGAGCUGAGCAGUGCAGAAGAAGAAGAGGAGGCAGAUUUGGACAUUGACUCUGACACACCUGGGACCUCAGCAGGGCAAAAGGCAAGGUGUCCUGGUGCCAAACAAAGGCUACAAUUGGAUGUAGAGGCAUGGAAGCCAAAGUGUAGAGAUCUACUAAACCGUCUUGUUGAAUGCGAGGAUUCUGAGCCUUUUCGGCAACCUGUUGACCUGUUUGCAUAUCCAAAUUACAGGGAUAUUAUUGAUACUCCAAUGGAUUUAAGCACAGUUUCAGAAACACUAGGUGCUGAAAAUUAUGAAAAUCCAGUGGAGUUCUGUAAGGAUGUUCGUCUCAUUUUUAGUAAUUCCAAGGCUUACACUCCCAACAAAAAAUCAAGGAUAUACAGUAUGACUCUCAGCUUGUCAGCCUUCUUUGAGAAGCAGAUACUGCCGAUCAUAUCAGAUUACAAAUCUGCGGUCCAGAGUCAGCGGAGGAGCAGACACAGGUUCAGCUACCGCAAGAGACUGCAAAGCACAAGCAGCUCACCUUCCACCAGCAGGGCCUCCAGCCCCAAAGGAAAGCACAAACCAGCAAAGAUCCAUCCAAAAUCUGUUUUAAAUACCUCAUUGUCUUUAGCCAGGACGAGUUCCACAAGAUCUUCACAAGCAUCAGAAACUACUGAAGACCCCUGUGGUUCAAUAGGUGAUGAAGGGGAAGGUGACAGUCAACCAUCUACAUCAAGUUCAAAUAGCAACAUUAGAACUGGAGAACCAGGAGUUGACCGUGUGACCCGGAGUCGUUCCAUUCCAAUAAAGCAAGAUUCUUCAGCUAAUGGACCCCUAACCAAUGGAAAAAGUCGGACUCAGUGUGCAAAUAAAAGGAAAUUGCCAGGAGAUUCAGAAGAGGAGGAGGAGGAUUCAGAAAUUGAAAACAAGCAUGUUGGGAAGACUGCUGGGAACAGUUGUACAUCAUCCUCAUCAUCUUCGUCCUCUUCCUCUUCUUCCUCUUCAUCUUCCUCAUCGGACAGUGAAGUUUCAGGUACAAGCUCUGCAAGUAGUUCUAGCAGCAGUGAAGGCUCUGAAUCGGACAGAGAUUAUGUUGACGGGGGUGAUCAUGACUACAGCAUAACAGUUCGACCUCAUCCUAGCUGCAAAACCAAAAAGGUGACUGUGGUCCCAGUAAAUGGCAAAAGAAAAAGGAGUGUUGGGAGACCACCUAAACGAGGCCGGCCACGUGGAAGAAGAAAAAAAAUGCGUGUUGAUGAAGAUGAGGAGGGAGGGACUAAAGAGGGAAAAGAAGGAAGGUUACGCAGGGUACCCCUUCACAAAGAGUCAAGGAUUAAUACCCGAAACCAGGGUAGAAGGACUGUUUUAUACAAUGAUGACUCUGAAGAUGACACCUUUGUGCCAGCAGCUGACCCCCUGAAUCUUGGAAUGUCUCGUUCGGGCAGAGUACGAAAAAUGACUGAAAAGGCUCGGGUUAGUCAUCUAAUGGGAUGGAAUCAUUAACUUUUUUUUUGUUUGUUUUGUUUUUUCCCUUCUUGAAGAAUAAAAAGACACUUUAAACUAUUUAAUUAAAAAAACUGAGAUACUACAUUUUUACUGCAGGGAUUUUUUUUUUCUACGUAAAAGUUUCUUGAAGCAUGCUUGUGUGUGGGACUGUUUACUGAAACUUUGACAGAGGUGCUCUAAAUCUUGCCAGUGAUGCACUUGUUUAACACAUCUCUCCAGCAGCUAGCAUAAAUAGGAGCCUUACUCACUAGGGCCUUAAAUGCACUGGAUAUCCCUACAUCUUCUCACAUAUGCUGUGUAAUAUAUCUUCAUUUGGCAACACAAACUGUGCUUCCUAUUUUAUGUGCUAAAAUUGGGAAUACCAGAUAAUUUUAGAUUGUUUUCCUAAGAGCAGAUAACUGUUUUGUGAGAUAAAUAGCCUGCAAUAACUGGGAUUUUAUUUUUUCGAUUUUGUGUUGAAAAAUUGUCACCCAUCUUUUAAUAAUUCAUGAAAAUAGAUAGUCUCAUUUUGUUGGCUUUAUUAGAAUUCAAAUAGUGAUUGCUUUUGAAAAGCUGACCAGUUCUCCUUUUUAUCUGGAGGAGGUGCAUUUGGGUUUCCUAACACAGCCCAAAAAAAAUGGGAAACUAUGUUGGUAUGCUGUAUAUGUGCUAAGGUAUAAACCACACUCUAGACUUAAGUUUUUUUUUAUCCACUGUUAUGUAUUUAUACUCUACAGAUGUUCCUACAAUAGUAAUAAUGUUUUGCACAAUUUAACAAUUUGAGGCAGCUGUAUUAUUGAAUGAUAUGGCAAAUGGAAUUAGAGGUAAAACUUAGCCAGUGUGACAUUUUCAAAUAAUUGUUUUUUGCAGUUUGACAUCCACUGGCUGCACUGAAAUUAUUGUAGGCAAUUAUAUAUAUAUGUGUGUGUGUUUUUUUGUUUUUUUUGUUUGUUUUUUUUAAACAUUUUAUGUGGAACUCGAGUGUAUGUGUGUGAGGAUUUUUUUCAUCUCAAAAAAUGGCAGAUUUAUUGGUGCCUUCAUGAACAUUAUAAAUGCACAUAUAUGUACAUUUUUUUUAUAUUCAAUGGUGCAUUCUUUGUAGCAUGUAUUUCUGUAAAUAUAAAAUAUUGAAAAAAUGGUGCCAAUAUGAUAUUCUAUUGAGCCAAAGGAGGGCUCUUCACUUUGUAUGUAUGGAAAGUGGGAAUUUUGUUUACGCAAGGAAAUAUUUUGGUGUUUUGUUUUUUUCCCUUUUUAGAACAUUAUUAUAAUAUCAGAAGUAAAAGUGUGCUAGGUGCAAAGGUUUUGCCAAUAACACGCUUUUAUACACAUAUUUAAAGCGGUGUUCAUGAGAAACUCCUAACUAGUUAUGGACAAACGGGCAGGUAAAAGUUUUGCUUUAAAGGUACUGAAAUCUACUGUAGUCAUGGCUCAGACAUGUAGUUUUUGGCCAAGCAGAAGCACAUAUUGCCAAACAUUUUUGUAUGCAUUUGGUGCACGCUGCUCUAUAAUAUUAUGUAUCUGUUUGUGCACCACAGAAUACAGCUUUUAGUUCUCUGCACAAGUGCAUUGGCCCUGCAGUAACUUAAAAUAUCGCUGUGUAUAUUUUUUCACAUACUUUUUAUUUAUAGAGGGUCUACAAUGAAAUCAAAUUUUAAUAAUUCGAAGGAACCUUUUUAGUGUUCUAGUUUUUAUUGGUAUAAGGAAUUGAUCAAUUAAGCCUUCGUUAAAAUAGUCACAGGACAUAUCUGUGCUUUUUAACCACUAGGUGGUGCCACGAUAAAAUAGUAAUUCCAUUCUUUUAACUGUGACAUCCCUCCCCCCACCCCCUCUUUUUUUCCUCAAAACUGAGCAAGAACUCAUGCAUUUGAUUUAAGAAUUGUAAAUUGUAUGUUUUUCUAUUUGUGGUUUUGUAUGUAACGAAAGUAACUGCAGUUUCUCCCGGAGGAGGUGAUAUGUGUAUUAAUGCAUGGAAUACAAUGAAGCUAGCUUUCAGCAAGCAACAUGUCUUUUUCAUGUAUUAAACAGAGGUUCAACUUAUAUUGGUAUAUGCUGGUGAAAUUGAAACUGGUGGGGUUUUUUUUAUAUAUAAUGGUUGUGGCACAUAUUUCUCUUACAUCAGUUACUGUGUUGCACUUUUGCUGCAGUUCUCUGAUUUGAUGUUUGUUUUGUGUUCAGGGUUUGUGGAGAAUAUGUCAUAUUGUAUUUACAGUGCAGCCCUAUAUGAAUACUAUUAUGGCAUUCAGAGAACAAAGCAUUCACAUGUUUAACAUCCAAUGUAGAGUAACUUUCUUAACUGUAGGAGCACUUUGUGUUUUACGAGAAAUAAGCAUUUCCAAAAACUGCUGCAGUUGGUGGUUUAUUGAAGAAAACCAUAUAUCAGUAUUACAUAGUGAAGGAAUGCCUGAUAGAUUUGGUCUGCAGAGCACGUAGUUAAUUUUUUCUCUCUCUUUUGGCUACAUAUUAACACUUCACUGCUAAAUGUUGUUUAACUGUCAGCCAAAGAUCAAUCGUUACAGGACUGUAAAUGUGUACAAUUGAAAAGUAAUUUUUACAGUGCAUCUCAAUGGUAACAUAGUUUUGAAAGCAGGAGCAGAGUUCCUAUUUUACUUCAGUAAUUUAUGAAAUUUCAAUACUUGAAGAGUACACGAAUGCUGAACUCCUGUAAGCCAUCAUUGUGGCCUAAUCUUCAGCUUUGAAGUAGCCAGAGUGCAGUGUUAAUGAUAUGUUGUAUUAAGUGCAAUGCCUGUGAAAAUAGGAAAGCAGAAAAUUGUUUAUUAAAUGGAAUGUAUUAAUAAAUUAGUCAAGUUGUGAAAGUAGCCUUUGAUAGCCAACAUUUACAGAGGCCACCAGAUCUUACAGGUGAAAUAAUCCUGAUAUGAACAGCCAGUUGUGUUUUUUAUUUUUUCAUCUCCAUAAUUGAAACACAAUCACUCAAUGUUGGAUGAGAGAAGAUUAUUUCAAUACAUUUCAAAUUAAAUAUAAUUGACUGGCCAUGAAAUAAUAGAAUACCUCCAUCCAGAGGUGCUUAAAGUGACACUUUCUAGAAGUUUUAAGUGACAAUAACAUGAAUUUGCGUGUUAAUGGUAUACUUUAAAAAAAGGACUCUUCUCACUGCAUCAAUUUCCUGUUUCAAGUAUAUACUAAUGCCUUAAUUAGUAUUACUUUCAAAAUUCUUUCUGUACACCUUCAUUUAGUGACUUUUCACACAAAAAAUAAUUUCUAGAAACCUAAUAAACUUCACUUUUUUGGGAGGGGGGGGGGUAAUAAAAUUGCACUAUCUUGACAAUUAUUUAAAAUGUGACUUCUAUAGUACUUUACAGGAUCUGUUUGUAGCAUUUUUAGAAGUGGUAGAAUGUAACGAUAUCUCCAGUCUUUCAUGUGGCAGCCUUUGCCAAUGUUAGGCUGGACCCGAUGAGUUGGAAUUUGUUCCUUCUCAGUCUGUUUACAUUUGAUUCCAGUGAUUUAAUAAUAGGUGCUGACUAUUGAACGUGUUUUCUACUUUGCUUAUGCUGGUUUCUUUUAAAUGUGGUGCUCGUAUUUAUUAAUGACCUCUGUUUACUGUCAUCUUAUGUUAUCCUGGGAGCUGAAUCUGAAUUGCUCCUGGAUGUGCAAAUCAAAAAGCAAAGUUUUAAAGGCCAAUUUGUUUGCAGAACUAGCCAUUUUGGGCACCUGAUCCAUUACCAGUGAACAGAACCCUGUAAUUUUACAUUUAUAUCACAGAAGCUUUAGAAGAAAUACAAGUGAAAUGAAAAAAUAUAAAUAUAUAUGUAUAUUCUUUUAUAAAGAAUAAAUUUGUGAUGUUAUAUGAACUGUUAUCUUUUCCUUAGCUUAUGGGCCCCUGCCAAAGUCCAGGUUUCCAGCUUCGGUGUUGUAUUUAGUAGCAUAACUAAGCAGGCUUAACUUUAUACGUCUAUUUCAGGGGACUUUGAAUCGCCAAAUUAUAUAUAUAUAUAUUUUUUUUUUUUUCUUCUCACCCAGCUCAGGACCCUUUAAAAAUGUUCAGGGAAUUUUAAAAUAUUGCCAGUGUGGCAGACCAAAUGUAAUAUUUAUAUGCAACAUGAGAAACAUGGCUUUCAGUUUUGAGGGAUUUUUCUUUGAUUUUUUUUUUUUUGUUACUGUAUAAACAAAGGCAAAAUGUAAAUUUUGUAAAGUUUUCAUUUUGAUAGAGGUUCUGAUUCAAGAAUGUGUAUUAUGUACUUUGUAGCUGGUUUCCAUUUUCACUGGUAGACAAAUAAAAUUACAAGUCCUAUUUUACAAGG